AUGGAAAGAUUUUGCGAGUUUUGUAAAGCGUAUAGAGCAGUGGUUUAUUGUAUAGCAGAUGCAGCAAAUCUUUGUUUGACAUGCGAUGCAAAAGUCCACUCAGCUAAUGCACUCUCAGGACGACAUUUACGCAUGCUUUUAUGCGAUUCUUGUAAAACUCAGCCUUGUGUUGUUCGAUGUUUGGAGCACAAAACGUUUCUAUGUAAUGGUUGCGAUGAAAAGGUCCAUAAUAUUGCUUCCUCUAAGCAUCAUAGACGAGACGUGAGCUGUUACACGGCUUGUCCUUCUGCUAAAGAUUUCGCUGUUAUGUGGGGUUUUCGAGUUAUGGAUGAUGAUGAUGAUGAUGAUGUUUCAUUAGAGAAGUCUUUUGCAAUGGUUAAACCUAAGGUGCAAAGAGAAGCUGGUUUUAUCUUGGAGCAGAUUCUUGAAUUGGAGAAGAUUCAGCUCAGAGAAGAGAAUAGUAAUCUGUCUAUGAAAGAACAAGCUGAUGAUCUCUCUCCAUUGGAGCUUCCGAAGCAAACCGAAGAUCGGUUAAUCGAUCUUCCACAAACCGGGAAAGAGCUGAUUGUUGAUUUCUCACACUUGUCUUCAUCUUCUACACUUGGUGAUUCCUUUUUGGAAUGCAACAAUCAGCUGUUGUGGCAUCAAAAUCUACAAGACAUUGGAGUUUGUGAAGAUACAGUUUGUGAUGAUGAUGAAUUCAAUAUACCUGACAUUGAUCUCACUUUCAAAAACUUUGAAGAGCUUUUUGGAGCUGAUCAAGAUCCAAUUAAAGAUAGUAACAACAACAUCUUAUUCGUUGGAACAUCAGCUCUCAAAUCACAUGAGGUGAAUAUAUAUUCUUCACCAUUCAGUAAUUCCAUAUAUUCACCUAAACAAGCUUCAUCAUCUAUUCCAUUCUCAAGAUCCAAUGGAGGAGGAAGCAGCGAAACACAUUACCCUCACAAUCACUCAGAGAAAGUUAUCUCUUUUUGCUCCCCUCUCACUAACAAAGCCAGACAAAACGCAAUCUCAAGGCUCAAGGAGAAGAAGAGAGCAAGAAUAGAGGAGAAACAGGCUUAG